AUGUCCUGCAUGCAUGGUGUGCUUAAUCCUUCAACGGCGUAUUUUGAUGCUGGCUUCAACCUUCUGCCGACAAGGGCAUUCGGAAACAAGUACUGUUGGCAGGAUGGCUUCGAUUUUUAUCGUUGUUGUAGCAGCCAUCCGGACCCAGCGUGCUGGAGCGAGGGUGGCAUGUCUUUUGAGAACUGCUGUCUGACUGGUGGAAUCGGGUGGCAACUGACAGGUGCGAACGCUGUUGCAUCUCCAAAUUUGGGUAGCGAAAGAGAGCUGGAGGAAUCUGUGGCACAGUUUCCUUGCGUCGGCACUGCCAGCAAGGCCAGAAUGCUGCUCGCAUUGUCCGAGGGCUUCAAUUGGUGCACUCCUCGCAAAGCAGCUGAGUGGCAACCGGACUGGUGUCAAUCUGCUGGUGGUCGCUUACACAACGUUACCUUCAAUUGGGCCCACUUACGUGGCCAAUGCCCGCAAAGCGUCCAAGACCACAUCGUCUCAAUUGGCAGAGGGGCUGGCGAGAAUUGUUCAGUAAGGCCCUUGCAAGCCACACUCCAGCUUUGCAUUUCACCCGAGUGCCAGGUAUGGGAAGUGAUUGCGGGGCUGUCGGUCUUGCACUUCUACAACGUACGACAACUCAAUUGCACAGCUCUGCUAUUGCAAACUACCACGCCAACGGAUGAUCCUCCAAAGACAGGCCGUGUAGGGACCAGGGAUCCGCCAGCGGAUCUGGAGGCUUGGCGGAGAAUGUUCUGGAUUUGUGGAAGCUGUCCCUUGCAGCGAUACGGUUCAUCAGGGGACGGCGGAUACCUUCUGUGUGACCUGCAGAAUACAACAAUGGCAGCGGCAUAUUCAUAUGGAAUUGAUGGCCGAGACGAGUGGGGCCAAGAGGUUGCGGCAUGCACUGGGGCCACAUUGUUUCAAUUUGACUGCUUCAAUACGACGGGGGCUGAGUGCCGGGGCCAGAAGAUGUGUCCACCUACAAACUUUCGAGCAGAGUGCUUGUCCGCACCUGGCUGCUUCUUCGACAAGCCUUCCGGAUCAUUGCAGCAACACUUUUGGAGGAAUCAUGUCGGAGGAUUCCACCCUUAUGCUGUUGCAGACCGCAGUCUGCUGCUGAAGGUGGAUAUCGAAGGCUUCGAGUGGGAUGUCUUCGCAACAGCCGAGCCGCAGUUGCUGCUAAAAUUCUCCCAGAUUGUCGUCGAGUUUCAUUUCCCGUUUCUACGGAUCCCAAUCCCCGAGAGCUUCCACUUGGUGCACCAGAAAGCCUUGAAGAAUCUCCUCUCCCUCUUCGUGGUCGUGCACGUUCAUCCCAACCCUGGUUGCCGGGAUCCUGAGCUCGGAAGUUGCCUCGAGGUGACCUUCGCAGAGCCGAGACUGGUGAACCGACAUAGCUGUCGGCCUCCUCUCGCUAGCCAUCUGGAUCAGAGGAGCGUGGAAGAAGAGAACCUCGACCUUCGAUCCAUCUUUCGAGAACCCUGA